AUGGCAUGGGAGGAUGGUCAGCAUGGGGUAUACAGAGUCGAUGACAAGGCCAUUUCAGGUGUGAGGAAGACACAUCAGCUCUUGGAUUCUGUUGGAGUUCCAGGCCUCUGCGACAACUUGAUGGAAAAGACUGAGAAGAAGGCUAUCACUCUUAUGGUGAACCAAGAGCCCCGCAGGAUUGUGAAUGAGCCAUCUAUGAAGCGGGCAUCCUUCUUGCUUGGAAUCAUGGAUGGGGAUGGGGAUGAGACCAUGGGUUCAGUGACAGCGCCAACAUCGUCAAGUUCUGGUAGAGAAGGGAUUCCUCCACCGGCUUCCUCUGGUGGUUCGGAAACCAAAGCGGUUGAGACAGCCCCAGAGGAUGACAACUCUACAGCUUCUAAGUCAUGCUUUGAUGGCUUGCUGCUUCGGGUGCAAUCCGGAAAUGCUGCUUCUUCAGCUGCACCAAAGACAGCAGCAAAGGCAGCACCAAAGAAAGCUAACAAAAGAUCCGCAGCUGCUGCUGGAAUUGAUGCCCUCCGUACUGACAAUGGUGUCCCUGACACUCCCACUCGUGCCAACGGUACUGAAGAGAAGAAUGAUCCCAAGAGGCCAAGGAGACCACGCCAGAAUGUGCAGAACAUGGAUCCGGCUUUGUCGGUACCUGGAAGAGGGAACACAAACAAAAUGAAUGAUGAGGAUGAAAAGUGGGCAUUGGAGUACGAAGACAAGAUUCGAUGUUUGCUUGAGUUCUCACCACAAGAACAAGACCAGGCGUUCAAGACCGAUGUGACCGAGCAUCUGAAGAAAGUUUCAACCAUGCUUGUCGCAUUGAAGGCCCGCAAGCGCACAGUCCGUAGAAGGGCCCAAGAGAAUCAACAGCUGGCCAUGCAGAAGGCAGAGGAAUUUGAGGAGGUUGUGGAAAGCUUGUCCUUGCUGCUGAAGGCACUUACAAGAGGUAACACUCCUGCUGAUGAAUUGUGGGCUGCUGCGGAUGAGUUGAUUGGCCAUGGUGCAAAUUUGGGUAAGGAAGUCUUCCUGAGACUGGUACGCAUGAGGUGGCAAGAAGACAUGAAGUUCAAACGCUGGGAUGCUAUGCUUUCUGGGACGCUUGAGUUUGCAAAGGCUAAAAUUCCCGUGGCUGACGUCACAACCACACUCCAGCAGCAAAUGUCUUUGGUUCUGCAGAAGCUAGUCAAGACCAUCUCGCUUGACACAGCUUCCUUGGAUGCCAACAAUGAGCAAUUGGAACCACUCAGGGGCUUCCUGUCAGUGAUGGUGGACAGGUUUCCCGAGGAAGUAGCUCUGAAGGAUUUCCAAUCCAUUCAUGCUGUUGUAAACGCCAAUACUGCCAAUCCACAGGCAGUUGGAGAUGGUUUGCAAGCCUUGAAGACAGAGGCGUCAGCGGACAGAAACAUCCUGGCUUCAUUCAAGGCUAUUUCUCAGGGAAAGAAGAUCAUGUCAAUGGUGGAGGAGGCACUCGAAGGCAAGAAACAUGUAUUGAAAGUGGCCAGUGACUUGAAGGACAUUUGCAGUCGCUGUGAAUCGUACACCGAUGCUGUCACAGCAACAAAGUUGGAAGACUCCGUGCGGUAUUUCACCACAGAGGCAUCUUCUGUUCGGAGUCUAGCAGCCAAGGUGGCAGCCGACGAUUCAAGUGGCAAGUCAAUGCUUCAAUGUGCUGUUGAUGUUCUCUUCAAGUUUGCGAAGGCAUUGCUGAACCAGCAUUGUCAAAGCGAAGCCAAACCUUGGCUUGCCAUUCAACUCAAGACGCUCAGGGCUUCAAAGGUCAUUUCAAAAGCUCCGGGCUUUGGGAUCAUGAAUGUCAACGACAUCCUUGAAAAGGCGACAGGGCAGCGCUUUGCUGGAUUAGAUGACAUCUCUGGCUUCUACAAUGCUACUUCAAGUUUAAGCACAGAAACGGAUACAUUGCUGAGAAUGGCUGGUGAGGACAGUGUGUCUGCUGCCCUUCGCGAAUGCUCAGUUAUGCUUUGCCGGAAGUUUCAGUGUUGGAGUGACUCAUUGGAGAAGCUCUUAAUUUCAUGUCCAGAGCUCACUGAUGCAUCUGCAGAAUUGAACAAAGAGCUCCAGCUAUUUGUCAGUGACACUUCGGUGCAGGUGUGGCAUGCAGCUAUUGCUAUGCCAAAGGAGGCCUUCCUUGUCUUCAUGCAGGUCGUUGCGGCUGCCCCGAACCCGAUAGAGGGGAAGGACGAUGGUCUGCCUCCAAUUGAGGACCUCAACGCAGCAAUCUCUGAUGCAAAGCUCCUUGCCACUGGACCAUAUGACACCAAGCAACGGGAAAUCCUUGUGAGUGUGACAGGAGUUGUGGAAGCCAUGGUCAACACAUGCCACUUUUGCAAGAAUGCACAGAAGCAUCAUGUUUCCGGGUCCGUACGCAAAGCCUUCGACGCCUUCAUUCUUUGUGGCUUCUUGCCUUCUGAAUGUGCCUUGCAACAUGGCCUUCACGAGCAGGUUAAGCUGUCCGAAGAAGUCCUCACCAAAGAGUUCAAAGAGUUGAUUGAGGAUCAUCGACGCAGUGUGAAGGACAUUACGGAAGCUGAACAGAAAAUGGAGCCAUUCCCAGUCUACACUGAGGGAAAUGAGAAGUCAUUCCUGUUGAAUAUGAUGCAGAACAACCGUCACAAGCAGCUGACUUCCCUUAGCGAUGAGAUGCAGACCCGAUUGGACACAGUGACUCAAGAUGCAACUGUGUUGAACGUGCAGCCUGAGACCAUCCUUCCUGAAUUCAGCUUUGCAAGCGCAGAACGAACGCGGUGGCUCAGCAUUGCUUGCCUGGCAACAUGCCUGCGUAUCUUGGGGUCGAAGGCUUCUGGCAAUCUAUCUAUGGCAAUCAAAAACAGCUUGGACAAGACCAUUGAGUUCAAGGAGCUACACAAUCUUGAUGUCCCUGAACCUGUCAUCCAACAGAUGCGUGACUUGUCCAAGCGGAUUGAGGCAGCUUCAAAUCCCAAGAAGAGGAAGGAGUCACAAUGA